CGCAAGCCAAUCUGCUACUCUCUCUUUACCAUUGAUAUCAUCAUCUCUUGGACACAUCGCUGUACAAGGACGCCAUUACCUCCUGCGAUCUGGUACAGUACUGCUACUGCUUCUCCCCUGCCCAGUCCCUGCUGUUCUGCCAUGGCUUCCCAUCCACCUCUCGCGACUGGCGCUAUCUUGUACCUCGCCUGAAGCACAUGGGCUACGGCAUGCUCGCCCUGGACAUGCUUGGCCAUGGCGGGACCGGCAAGCCCGCCGACCCGGCGGCGGACAUCCCUCGCCCGAUAUCCAGAGAUAUUGCGGAUGUCGUCGAUGCCGAGAGGCCUAAGAAGGUUAUUGCUAUCGGCUAUGGCUGGUGAGCUCUUCCUGUCCCUCCUCGCUUGGGGCUAUCUCGGGUACUGAACCACUAACAGCAGGGCUGCAAGGCCAUCUCGCGCCUCGCAAACUAGUAAUCCGAGCAAGUCCUCGCCUACAUCCUCCUCGCCACCUCCUUCGUACAGGUGCUGCCCCGGCGGACUUCCAGGGAUUUCUGGGCUCCCUGAAGCAGCAGCUCGGGCACGAGACGUUCGGCUAAUGGGAGUUCUCGAGUGA